AUGUCGGCGGAGGUAGAGAGGCUCAAAGAUGAGGGCACGAGACAGCAGGUUGUGAUAGCCGGAGGAGUUGCGGGCCUCGUGUCCAGAUUCUGCAUCGCCCCCCUCGACGUCGUCAAGAUCAGACUACAGCUUCAGCCGCACUCUCUUUCGGAUCCAUUGUCCUGCGAUGGCAUCAAAGGUCCAAUUUACAAAGGAGUUUUUUCCACUCUUAGGGCCAUCGUAAGGCAAGAGGGCAUUCGCGCCUUAUGGAAAGGCAAUAUUCCCGCGGAGCUGAUGUAUGUUUGCUAUGGCGGUGUUCAAUUUGCCGCGUAUCGUUCUCUCACCCAGGCCCAAAGCCUCCUUCCGACCCGUCCUCCACCAUCAGCUGAAUCUUUCAUCAGUGGUGCCGGUGCCGGUGCCGCCGCGACUUCAGUGACGUACCCAUUGGAUCUUCUUCGAACCAGGUUCGCCGCACAGGGGCCAAUACCGGUCUACAAAGGCCUCUUCCAGUCCGUGCAAGACAUCACUCGACAUGAAGGGCCAAGCGGCUUUUUCAGGGGCCUCAGCGCCGCACUCGGACAGAUUGUGCCUUACAUGGGUCUCUUUUUCAUGAGCUACGAGUUUCUGCACCAAUACAUUGGUGGCAAAACACUUCCCUUUGGAUCAGGUGAUGCAACUGCAGGAGUCUUUGCGAGCGUCUUUGCAAAGACAGCUGUUUUUCCGCUCGAUUUAGUCAGAAAGAGACUGCAAGUGCAAGGGCCCACGAGGACGAGGUACAUCCACACUAAUAUCCCUGAAUACCGAGGCGUCAUUCGCGGCCUUGCGGCGAUCUGGAGAAAAGAAGGCACCCGAGGCUGGUACCGUGGCCUGACUGUCAGUUUAGUCAAGGCCGCACCAGCAUCAGCAGUCACAAUGUGGACGUACGAGCGGGUCCUGCACUCACUCAUAAACUCCGACCGAAAUGAUGAGAUGUGGGAAAUGUACACUGGCUAUGAUGAUGACUUUGACGACUGA